GUGAUAGAUGCUGAUGCACAUAAUGCACCAGCCGCAACUGUUGCCGCCGGCAGCUGCCGCAGCCGCAGCCCUCCAGCCGCAGCCACCUGUGACCCGGCUAGCCACGGUUGCCGCUUGGCAGCCGCCGCAAACGGGGGCGCCGCCAACGCAGCCGCAAUGCCUAGGCCGCAACCGGCCACGCAGGCGCAGUCGCCGCAGGACAUCAACGGGUUCAUACAGAAGCUGGCACAACAACAACAACAGCAGCAGCAGCAGCAGCAGCAACAACAACAGCAGGUUGGAGGGGACAUGAUGGCCAAAGCCAAGGACCAGAACGGCAUUGCGCCCAUUCUGUCACUGAUGCGUCAGCUGCAAGGGCAAAACAUACCAUUGAAGGUGCCAUUUUCGUUGGAACUUGAGAAGACGUCUAACCUAACCUAGAAAACU